AUUUCAUUUGCUAUAUUGAGCACUGUUUUUUGUUUGCCGAGCCCGGGUUCAUCCAUGGCGCCAGGCAGCUUGAAGAGGAAGUUUCAGGACGAUGACGGCGCUCUUGAACUAAGCGGACAGGACCUUGCUCAAGACGGUAGUUCUGAAGGUGAUGCUCAGAAAAGGACAGACAACCUGGCCAAGGCCAUUGCGAUGGAGCACUUGCAUGAGGUACCUGAUAUUCACAGGCCGUUUGUGGGUGCACAACCAAAGCUGCUCAAGAUGCCGACCAUAGCUGGGAACGAUGUGCCUUGCUGCAUGAUGCGUUGCAAUUUUAGAAUGAUAGAAACCCAGUCUGAAAGUACAGCUUUGGUGAAGGAAAGUUACAGAGCCACUCGAGUUGCUUGCCAAUCUAUCAAGCUGGCCAUCAAGAAUGCUGAUGGGGUGGUGGUAGUUUUUGCACAGGAUAGCUCUGGAUGCAAAGCCACAAAGGCUCUGAUUGAGGCAACCUCCGAUUCCAAAGAUGUAUGUGAGCAGGCCAAAGUUCAUGUUGCUCUUGCAAGUGAUUGGCAGCACACACUGCCUAUCGCAGAAUGCAAGCUGCGGUCUGUUCCGAUGGCAGCAGAAGGGCAUAGACUGCUGAUUUACAUAGGCACACCUGGAAAGUAUGCCACUAUGUGCAUGCGAUCAGAUCACGGGCAAUUUGAUGAGGCAUACAAGGCCAACAAGCUUGUUGUGCUGUGCAAGGGAGUGUGCAUGCUUCCGAUUGGCACUCAAGCGCAGAACAUCCUGGGUAUCGACGAAGAGGAGGUUCUGAAAGCAAUUUGCUUCGAGCUACGAGAGAAAGGUCCCCUUGCAUGGGGCUUGGGAGCUGACACCAAGACAAUGUACAUGCAGAAGGCAUUCGGCUAUCCCAAGGCCUUGCCAAUGCCGACGCAGUUGACAUUUGCCAAGGGAAGAACCGGAGGUUUUGCUUGCUUGGCUGACUACGUAAAGUUUACCAACAGCAUCAAAUUGGCAAGUCCAGAAAUGACUGUGAAGAACUACUACGACACCGGGUUGACAGUGUCCGUCCUGAUGGCCACUGUUGUCUCGGAGGGGGUGUCACUUCUCACUGAUGGGGAUGGGCUGGCCAUGCUGCGAGAUGCCAGUAUUGGCCACAUCAUCUCAAAGCUCAACCAGGUCACAACUGUGGAACAAUUCAAGCAGAAGAAAAGUGUCUACAACUUUUUCAUUGGAGACGGAGCUUGCAGGCUGAACGGUGGUACCGAAUUGAUCCUGCAUUUGAUGGAAGGCCACGCUCCGGCUACCGAUGCUCUCACAACAGUUUUUCUGUUUAACAACAAGGCCUGGGCAAUUGAGGACAACUUGGUAGCGACAAAGGAGAAGGAACACGUUCUUUACAACACACAGUUCUAUGAUGUCAUUGCUGAGCACCAGAGGAUCUGCAUUUGUGAGACUGAGCAGGACUUAAGAGAAGCUCUGACAUAUCUGAGCGAAAAGACCAUCAAGUUUGCAUCUGGACAAGGGAAAGGAGGGAUGCACAUGGUUGUCGUCCGUGGCCUCAAGAUGAACUUGCCUCCUGUCAUCGGUGACAUCGAUCCAAUUCGCAAGUCAAAGGAGAUGCAAUUUAUGCGUGCAGUCCUCGGCACUUUCUCAAAAGGCUGCGAGAGUCGGGUGCCACUCUACGGUUGCUCUGCGUUUGAAUACAUUCAAUACCUCCACUUCUUUCUCGAGGAAAUGCCGGAAGGCAAGAAGUAUCAGUACAUCUGCGGUCGGACAGACAUCCAGGCAGCUCAUAUGAUGGGCUUUCACCAGCCUGAAGGAAAGUGUGUUCUUUUCAUUAAUGAUGUAUAUGGGAUUAAUUCUCUUGGUGAAAGCCUGCGCUUUUUGCUUAGCGGCUUUGGUGGUCGGCAAGUCUUGCUGAUGGUGUGGCAUCCCUCGGUGCUGAAGGUGAUUGACAACUUUCAUUUGCACCGACCGCCCAUGGUUUGGCCAUCCCUGGGACCCCACUUGGCCAAGUAUUAUGUCAGGAAGGAGUCAGAUGCCUUCUUUGCAGAUUUCGAUGGAGAGUCUCGGACGACAGAGCGAGUGCAAUCUGCGAUUGAAGCUGGAACACCCUUGGUAAUGGUCAAUGUGAUGCCACAGCAGGAAUGCAACUACGUCCAGCUAGAUGCUCGCAUCAAGGUGAAGGAUGAAGACUAGUGGUGAUUGGGGCUAAUCCUGGACACAGGCUAUCCUCCUUCUACAGGUGAAGGAUUGUACAAACUCUUGCCUGAGUGCAUCAUUUUCCAACAGGAGAGGCUUACCCGCUUAUGGAAUUCUUUUGAACCAAAGCAGCGCGCUUUGAGCCCUGGUCAGCCUGGCGGCUGGCUUCGGUGAUUGCUUGACCUAUCAAUAUAGCUUCGACCUUUUGUCUUGCCAGAAAUGCGAGUGGCAGGUGGAAGUUUUUUUUGCACAUGUUGCGCAAGCAAAGCGACAAAUUUUCAUGCCCUCUCCAAAACCGAAGCAGCAAACUCAUUCCAAGAAAUCUGCUUGUUGUGAGUAAGACCUCAAAGUGGCC